GUGGAGUAGGAUGUCAGUGCUGUAAGAUCAAGGUGCUGGGCGACCUACCCGGGUCUGGGUGUAACUGUGUGCGUGUGGUGUGCGCACGCCUUCCCAGCCGAGGGUCUGUGCAGCUGCGUUUCCGCGUGUGCCGGCUCAGCUCGCUGAGCGGGGGCGGCCCCGUGAGGCGCUGCGGGGCCCCGCCGGCCACGGGCUCCAAUGGCGAAGCCGGUGCGGCCCCUGCUAAUUACAUAAGCGGGGACGUCAAUAAUUCGCGGGAAAACGCGAAAAAGAUGGCGCCCCGCGCCCGGGGGGCCCCUUCCUGAGCGCACCGGCCCCUCCCUCCCCGCGUCCCCUCCUCCCCGCGGCGCCCCCGCCCCGCUCCGCCCCCGCCGAGACCCCUACCCCGGCCCCACGGGCGGACACUUGGCUGGGCAGUCUCGGGCCGAGCGCACCGCGGCCGCCGAUGUGCCUGGUGGCCAGACUCCAAGUGGGACCGGCUGACGCGCUGCCUCGCGUGUCAGCAGAAGCUGAUGGAGACUCAAGCUCUAGACCCAGGGACUCGGGAAGCCUAUGGUGCCACCAGCCACCUCCCUAACACAGGGACCCUGUCUAAGACCAAAAAGAACUUCAAAGACCUGAUGUCCAAGCUGACAGAAGGACAGUAUGUGCUAUGCCGGUGGACAGAUGGGCUCUACUACCUCGGCAAGAUCAAGAGGGUCAGCAGUCCUAAGCAAAGCUGCCUUGUGACUUUUGAAGAUAAUUCCAAAUACUGGGUCCUGUGGAAGGAUAUACAGCAUGCCGGUGUUCCAGGAGAGGAGCCCAAGUGUGACAUCUGCCUGGGGAAGACAUCAGGGCCAAUGAAUGAGAUCCUCAUCUGUGGCAAGUGUGGCCUGGGGUACCACCAGCAGUGCCACAUCCCCAUUGCAGGCAGUGCCGACCGGCCCCUCCUCACUCCGUGGUUCUGCCGACGCUGCAUCUUCGCACUGGCUGUGAGGAAAGGCGGCGCGCUGAAGAAAGGCGCCAUCGCCAGGACUCUGCAGGCUGUGAAGAUGGUGCUGUCCUACCAGCCCGAGGAGCUCGAGUGGGACUCGCCCCAUCGCACCAACCAGCAGCAAUGCUAUUGCUAUUGCGGAGGGCCUGGAGAGUGGUACCUGAGGAUGCUGCAGUGCUACCAGUGUAGGCAGUGGUUUCAUGAAGCUUGCACCCAGUGCCUCAAUGAGCCUAUGAUGUUUGGAGACCGGUUCUACCUGUUUUUGUGCUCCGUGUGUAACCAAGGCCCAGAAUAUAUCGAGAGGCUGCCCCUGCGAUGGGUGGACAUAGUUCACCUGGCCCUCUAUAACCUGGGAGUACAGAGCAAGAAGAAAUAUUUUGACUUUGAGGAGAUUCUGGCCUUUGUCAAUCACCAUUGGGAGCUCCUGCAGCUUGGCAAGCUCACCAGCACCCCUGUGACAGAUCGAGGACCGCAUCUCCUCAAUGCUCUCAACAGUUACAAAAGCCGGUUCCUAUGUGGCAAGGAGAUUAAGAAGAAGAAGUGCAUCUUCCGCCUGCGCAUCCGCGUCCCGCCCACCCCUCCAGGAAAGCUGCUUCCUGACAGGGUGCUGGUGCCCAGUGAGAGAGGGACCUCUGAGCUGCUUCGUAAGAAAGGAAAGAGCAAGCCUGGUUUCUUGCCUCAUGAAUCCCAGCAGCAGAAAAGGCGAGUUUAUAGAAGAAAAAGAUCAAAGUUCUUGCUGGAAGAUGCUAUUCCCAGUAGUGACUUCACUUCUGCCUGGAGCACCAACCACCACCUGGCCAGUAUAUUCGACUUCACCCUGGAUGAAAUUCAGAGUUUAAAAAGCACCAGCUCAGGCCACACCAUCUUCUCAGAUGUAGACUCCACUGAUGCUGUCAGCACGUCGGGCUCAGCCUCCACCAGUCUCUCCUAUGACUCUAGAUGGACAGUAGGCAGCCGCAAGAGGAAGCUGGCAGCCAAAGCGUACAUGCCCCUUCGGGCAAAGCGUCAGGUGGCUGAGCUGGAUGGACGCUGCCCCUCAGACAGCAGUGCAGAGGGAGCUCUGGGCCCUGAGCAGCCAGAUGAAGGCAUUGACAGCCACACAUUGGAAAGCAUCAGUGAAGAUGACUCCUCCUUGUCCCAUCUCAAGUCAUCUAUCACCAACUACUUUGGCGCAGCUGGACGGUUGGCCUGUGGGGAGAAGUAUCAAGUGUUGGCUCGGAGGGUCACACCAGAGGGCAAAGUUCAGUACCUGUUGGAAUGGGAAGGGACUACUCCUUACUGAUUACCCCUCAGGGGCUGCCUAGAUCCUGGAAACCAAAGGAGGGACAGAAGAAGCCAUUGGCUCCCUGUUUUCUCCAGGCUGGGAUGGUGGAGGGAAGCAGGGCAGGGCCAUAAGUGCCUGGCUGUACCCCUGCCUGCUGCCCACCAGGCCAAGGCCUGUGUGCUGCUGUACCGACUGCCUGUGUCUCUAGACCCCGCUGACUUUCUCAUUGUCCAUACACUCCAUACCCCUCUACU